UCAGUGAGGACGUGUGGUAAAGUGUUAGUGAUAAUUUUGUGGUAUAUCGGAACAAUGCCGUGCAGUGAGGACGAUGAUUCCCAAACAGGGUUUGCAACGGAAGCAACUCAGGGAAUGUCGAAAGCAGAGUUACGAAAAACUAAUAAGCCAAUAAUGGAAAAAAAGCGACGAGCUCGCAUCAAUCACUGUCUCAACGAACUUAAGGAUUUGCUCUUAGAUGGCAAGGAGAAAGACCCCACCCGCCAUUCAAAACUUGAGAAAGCUGACAUCUUGGAGUUAACAGUGAAACAUUUGCAAACCCUACAACGGCAGCAGCUGGCAGCCGCCAUCGCAGCCGACCCCGCCGUGCUACACCGCUUCAAGGCAGGCUUCGGAGACUGCGCUGUCGAGGUCCGAAGAUAUCUCUCACGAUUGGCCAGCGUCCCCACCGGCCUGCGGCACCGAUUAGGGAAUCAUCUCAGUUCGUGCAUCAACGGAAUUGAACACCUACACCCGGUCAAAGAUUACCCGCCGCUCAUCCCUGAUCCACUAAGGCUAGAUGACGAAAGACCCAGUGCCUUCCACUUUGUUAGGUCAACUAGACCGACCAGUCCACCUUUAAGUCCAUUGUCAUGUGAUUCAGCUUGCGACUCCUCGACUGAACUAGAAACUCCUCCGAGGCCAGUUCAGACCUUCCCAUUUCCCACACCACCGAGCAGAUCGGCUUCCGAUCAAGAUUCAAGUCCCGAAACACAAAAACCCACUGUUUCAUCUACAACUAUAUCACCAGAGACUUUGAAACAAGAGGCGCUUAGGAACAAGAAAUACAUGGAGCCGCUUUCCAUCAUAAUAGACGUAGAAAACUACAAAAUAGGUAUAGAUGCAUCACCGAAAAGAGCCGUAGAUUAUUCUGUAAGGCACAAACUGAAGAGAGCAGCACCAGAUGUGACUGGUCCUCUCCCGAAGAUCAUAAAACUGGACGCAGAGAGAACAGUUAACAUUCCACAAAGAAUCGUUUCGUAUGAGCGUUCUUCUCCUGAAAAGAUAUCUGCUUUUAAACGGUUACCAGAGAGAAGGUUAACAAUUCCAGUGAGUAUACCAACCGCAGCAGAGAUACCUAAUUUAGAAAAUAGAUUACCUAUAAUGCCAGAGGUUGUAGCGAUACCAAGAUCUGUGAUAAGCCAUACAGCGGAGUCAUUGGCUCAGUCUUCGAGUAGCCGAAAAGAGGAGAAGCUAGAAAUCAAAAUUGAAGUAGACGCCAAUUCAAGAUCUCCAGGACAGGGCGCCUCCAACAGUACAGAAAUGUGGAGACCCUGGUGAAAUGUUAUUGUAUAUAAAAAAAUAUUAUAAAAUGCAGCUUUAAGAUUACCUGUUCGGUAACGUACGUUU